ACGUCACUACUAUGCGUCGUCAUAUAAAGGUCGGAUCAGAUUCCAAAUAUCAUUCUGAACAGAUCACAGCUCCAGAGCGGUUGUGUAGCAUAAACAUCCCUUCUGACAGUAUUUAGAAGGACUCAUUCUUUUACCGACAGGAACUUGGUGAGUAGCCUAUCACAGUCAAAAGCUGAAAUCAAAUCAGUUUUAAGAGACAAUCCAUAUUUUGAACUUGAUAAGAUUCAGUUAUCAGUCACCAGUCUUUCAGCUUCAGUAUUCAGAACUGGAAAACAGCCAAUUAAGCUAAAAUGCCUCUUAAGUUUUACAAAAACGAGAUCCUUACCGGGCGAUCUGGAGUUUAUAUUCUUAAGAAAUUUCUGGGAAAAGGUAAUUUUGGUGCAGUUUACAAGGGUUUAAAACAGGGAACAGAUGAAGCAGUGGCUCUGAAGUUUAUGGAUCGCCGUGACUCGGCUUUCGGAGAAGUCAUUAUAUUGGAACAUCUCAGAGAACUCCAGGCUCAUGAGAACGCCCUGAUUAAGUUCAUCGAUAACUUUGUUCACAAUGAUCGCAACUGUUUAGUGUUUGAGAUGCUGGAUAUGGACUUAUUUGACUUAAUGGAAAUUAGACAGAAAAAACCACUAGAUGUCAGUGAAGUUCGGGUGGUUGCCCGCGACCUGCUGGUGGCUCUGAACGCACUGAAGAAUGCUGGAGUGACUCACGCAGAUAUAAAACCAGACAAUAUUAUGCUGGUUAAUCACCAGUCGCAGCCUUUCAGAGUCAAGCUGAUAGAUUUUGGGGUUGCUAUAGAAACAUACAAACUACGGCGUUAUGAUACCAUUCAAGUGUGUGGUUUCAGAGCACCAGAGGUGAACUUAGGUCUCCCUCUGACUGAAGCCAUUGACAUGUGGGCUGUUGCCUGUACACUGGCCUUCAUCUUUCUUGGAGAUCAUAUUCACAAUACUAUUUGUGAGUUUAAAAAUAUGAGGCAGAUCUUUAAGCUCCACGGUCUGCCUGACCAGGAUUUACUUGGCAAGGGAACGAAAGUGGAUCGCUUUUUCAUUUUUGACCAGUCAAACCAAACUUGGAGGUUUAAAACGCCACAGGAGUAUACGGAGACGAUAAUCAUCGAUGGCGACAAACAUGAUGUUGCGUUAGACUCUAUCGAUGACUUUUUAACAAUUCAUCCAGAAAUACAAGACCCCUUUGAGUUAGAAGAUCUGCAGGCUUUCGUAGACCUCCUGAAAAAGAUGUUUACAGUGAAUCCCUCAGAGCGGAUCACUCCAGAAGAAGCUCUAAAUCACAGAUUUAUAACAAUGAGCCACCUUCCUCCUACCAGCAAUAACUCAUAUGUGAUAUGGGCAUAUAAAAAAAUGAAAGUUUAUCGAAUGGAGAAAGAAGAACCGAGCAUAUCCCCUGAUUUCAAUGUAAGACAGACUCCUGACAGAAAAUCAGAUCUCUCUGAUUUCAAUCCAUCUGAUUCUGAUCUGUCGGACUCAGAUCUCUCUGAAUUAGAAGAUUCUGACUCUGAUCUGUCUGACUUUGAUUCAUCAGAUUGUGAUCUGUCUGACUUUGAUUCAUCAGAUUGUGAUCUGUCUGACUUUGAUUCAUCAGAUUCUGAUCUGUCUGACUUUGAUUCAUCAGAUUCUGAUCUGUCUGACUUUGAUUCAUCAGAUUCUGAUCUGUCUGACUUGGAUACAGAUGAAGAAUCUAAUGAGCCAGCGAACACAUCAGAUUUUCAACUCCUUAAGAUUCAGGAAGCUAAUUUAGCAGAUAUGAAGUUGCACGAUCCAGAACUGGAAGGCAGCAGAAGAGACAGACUAGAUGAAACAUCGUUUGAAUUAUACAAAGAUCAAACAAUCACUGGGGAAUCGGGAGUUUAUAUUAUUCAAAAAUUUUUGGGUCGUGUUGCUUUUGGACAAGAGGUCAAGGGUUUAAAACAGGGGACAGAUGAAGUUGUGGCUCUCAAAUUUAUCCACAAAGACAACAGUGAAUCAGCUACCGCAGAAGCCACUAUAUUGAAACAUCUCAAGGAGCUCCAAGCUGACCAGAAGAACCUGAUCAAGUUAAUCGAUCACUUUGAAUUUAAUGACAGCCUCUGUUUAGUGUUUGAGAUGCUGGACAUGGACUUAUUUGGUUUACUUAAAACGAGAGAGUGGGAACCACUAGAUGUCAGUGAAGUUCGGGUGGUUGCCCGCGACCUGCUGGUGGCUCUGACCGCACUGAAGAAUGCUGGAGUGACUCAUGCAGAUAUAAAACCAGACAAUAUUAUGCUGGUUAAUCAUCAGUCGCAGCCUUUCAGAGUCAAGCUGAUAGAUUUUGGGGUUGCUAUGGAAACACACAAACUAUGGCCUUGUGAUACCAUACAAGUGUGUGGUUUCAGAGCACCAGAGGUGAACUUAGGUCUCCCUCUGACUGAAGCCAUUGACAUGUGGGCUGUUGCCUGUACACUGGCCUUCAUCUUUCUUGGAGAUUAUGUUCACAAUACUAUUUGUGAGUUUAUCAAUAUGAGGCAGAUCUUUAAGCUCCACGGUCUGCCUGACCAGGAUUUACUUGGCAAGGGAACGAAAGUGGAUCGCUUUUUCAUUUUUGACCAGUCAAACCAAACUUGGAGGUUUAAAACACCACAGGAGUAUACGGAGACGAUAAUGAUCAAUGCCGACGACUAUGAUAUUGCGUUAGACUCUAUCGAUGACUUCUUAACGAUUCAUCCAGAAAUACAAGACCCCUUUGAGUUAGAAGAUCUGCAGGCUUUCAUAGACCUCCUGAAAAAGAUGUUUACAGUGAAUCCCUCAGAGCGGAUCACUCCAGAAGAAGCUCUAAAUCACAGAUUUAUAACAAUGAGCCACCUUCCUCCUACCAGCAAUAGCUCAUAUGUGAUAUGGGCAUAUAAAAAAAUGAAAGUUUAUCGAAUGGAGAAAGAAGAACCGAGCAUAUCCCCUGAUUUCAAUGUAAGACAGACUGCUGACAGAAAAUCAGAUCUCUUUGAUUUCAGUCCAUCUGAUUAUGAACUGUCGGACUCAGAUCUCUCUGAAUUAGAAGAUUCUGACUCUGGUCUGUUCGAUUCCGGUCUGUCUGACUUUGAUUUAUCAGAUUCUGAUCUGUCUGACUUGGAUACAGAUGAAGAAUCUAAUGAGCUAGCGAACACAUCAGAUUUUCAACUCCUUAAGAUUCAGGAAGCUAAUUUAUCAGAUAUGAAGUUGCACGAUUCAGAACUGGAAGGCAGCAGAAGAGACAGACUAGAUGAAACAUCGUUUGAAUUAUACAAAGAUCAAACAAUCACUGGGGAAUCAGGAGUUUAUAUUAUUCAAAAAUUUCUGGGUCGUGUUGCUUUUGGACAAGAGGUCAAGGGUUUAAAACAGGGGACAGAUGAAGUCGUGGCUCUCAAAUUUAUCCACAAAGACAACAGUGAAUCAGCUACCGCAGAAGCCACUAUAUUGAAACAUCUCAGGGAGCUCCAAGCUGACCAGAAGAACCUGAUCAAGUUAAUCGAUCACUUUGAAUUUAAUGACAGCCUCUGUUUAGUGUUUGAGAUGCUGGACAUGGACUUAUUUGGUUUACUUAAAACGAGAGAGUGGGAACCACUAGAUGUCAGUGAAGUUCGGGUGGUUGCCCGCGACCUGCUGGUGGCUCUGACCGCACUGAAGAAUGCUGGAGUGACUCACGCAGAUAUAAAACCAGACAAUAUUAUGCUGGUUAAUCAUCAGUCGCAGCCUUUCAGAGUCAAGCUGAUAGAUUUUGGGGUUGCUAUGGAAACACACAAACUAUGGCGUUGUGAUACCAUACAGGUGUGUGGUUUCAGAGCACCAGAGGUGAACUUAGGUCUCCCUCUGACUGAAGCCAUUGACAUGUGGGCUGUUGCUUGUACACUGGCCUUCAUCUUUCUUGGAGAUCAUGUUCACAAUACUAUUUGUGAGUUUAUCAAUAUGAGGCAGAUCUUUAAGCUCCACGGUCUGCCUGACCAGGAUUUACUUGGCAAGGGAACGAAAGUGGAUCGCUUUUUCAUUUUUGACCAGUCAAACCAAACUUGGAGGUUUAAAACACCACAGGAGUAUACGGAGACGAUAAUGAUCAAUGCCGACGACUAUGAUGUUGCGUUAGACUCUAUCGAUGACUUCUUAACGAUUCAUCCAGAAAUACAAGACCCCUUUGAGUUAGAAGAUCUGCAGGCUUUCGUAGACCUCCUGAAAAAGAUGUUUACAGUGAAUCCCUCAGAGCGGAUCACUCCAGAAGAAGCUCUAAAUCACAGAUUUAUAACAAUGAGCCACCUUCCUCCUACCAGCAAUAACUCAUAUGUGAUAUGGGCAUAUGAAAAAAUGAAAGUUUAUCGAAUGGAGAAAGAAGAACCGAGCAUAUCCCCUGAUUUCAAUGUAAGACAGACUGCUGACAGAAAAUCAGAUCUCUUUGAUUUCAGUCCAUCUGAUUAUGAUCUGUCGGACUCAGAUCUCUCUGAAUUAGAAGAUUCUGACUCUGGUCUGUUCGACUCCGGUCUGUCUGACUUUGAUUUAUCAGAUUCUGAUCUGUCUGACUUGGAUACAGAUGAAGAAUCGGCAUUUGAAAAAAGGAAAGUUUAUAUAAUGUAGGAAGAGGAAACAAGCGGCCCGUCACCUGAUUUCAUCGUGGGACAGACCGCUGACAACAAAUCAAAUCUCUUUGAUCUGAAUCUGUCUGAUCACAAUCUGUCAGACUCAGAUCUCUGUGAAUUAGAAGAUUCUAACUCUGAUCUGUCUGACUUAGAUACUGACGAGCCAGUGAACACGUGAGAAUUGGAUGUUGACAAGUUUCAGAAAGCUGAUUUAUCAAACUUUAAGCAGUACGAUUCGGAACUGGAAGCCAGAUGAAGAGACAGCCUAGAUGAAAUGUCAUUUGAAUUAUACAAAGAUCAGACAAUCCCUGGGGAUCCAAGAGUUUAUGUUAGUCAAUAUUUUCUUAGAUAAGUUUAUUUAGACAAGUGGUCAAGGGUUUAAAACAGGGGGCAGAUGAAGUCGUGGCUCUCAGAUGUGUCCACAAAGACAACACGGGAGCAGCUACCAGAGAAUCCACUAUAUUAAAACAUUUCAGGGAGCUCCAAGCUGACCAGAAGAGCCUGAUUAUGUCAAUCGAUCACUUUGAAUAUAAUAGGAGUGGCUGGAUAGGCCUAGAAAAAAAUGUGGGGUCUGCACUUCAGAUUAGUCAGUGUGUUAGCUCUAGUAGAGUUCAGCCUGUGGCGUUGCAUUGCACGUUCCUUUAUUCUUUCUCAUAAAAAAAAGCAAAAAGUCCAUUACACUCAGAUCAAAAUUGAAGAAUGCAAAAUUAGUUACACUACUGUGGAUACGGAGGAAGAUUCUCAGGAGGAAACUUCAAACUUAGCAUUCAAAGUUUUAACGUUUAGUGUUAGCGUUUAGUUUUAGCGUUUAGUUUUAGUGUUUAGUGUUAGCGUUUAGUUUUAGCGUUUAGUGUUAGCGUUUAGUUUUAGCAUUUAGUAUUAGCGUUUAGUUUUAGCGUUUAGUUUUAGCGUUUAGUGUUAGCGUUUAGUUUUAGCGUUUAGUGUUAGCGUUUAGUUUUAGCGUUUAGUUUUAGCGUUUAGUGUUAGCGUUUAGUUUUAGCGUUUAGUGUUAGCAUUUAGGUUUAGCGUUUAGUUUUAGCGUUUAGUGUUAGCGUUUAGUGUUAGCGUUUAGUUUUAGCGUUUAGUGUUAGCGUUUAGUUUUAGCAUUUAGUAUUAGCGUUUAGUUUUAGCGUUUAGUGUUAGCGUUUAGUUUUAGCGUUUAGUGUUAGCGUUUAGUUUUAGCGUUUAGUGUUAGCGUUUAGUUUUAGCAUUCUAAAACUGGGUUAGGCCAUAACAGGGCUGGGGUUAGUUGGGUUAGUAAUAAAGUAAACAAACAAAAAAAUAAAUUAAAAAAAAUAAUCCUCUACUAUUAAUCGCCACCUUAUCGCGGUGUAGGGGUUUGCGUGCCCUGAUGACCCCAGAAGGUAUGUUGCCUGGGACUGUUUGUCCCUGUUAGGUUCUGCCAUGGCAACUGGGCUCUGGGUCAGGGGCCAGACUAAGAGCGAUUAAUUAAUUCUUAUUAGGACUACAAAAGCAGUGGAGAAAAACUCUCUCCAAGACUUUUUAAAUGAUUGAGUUUUAGUAGUUACGUAGUUGGUAUAAAAGAAAAGUUUUCACAGAAAAUAUUUUCCGUUAUCUAGAUCAGUGGUUCCCAACUUGACCCUCCAAAGGGGUCCCCACAACUGUGUCUGUGCUGAGGUUGUUGGGUUACAAAGAUUAUUUAUUAUUUGUAAAAAAUUACUUUUCUAAAAUCCCAAUUACACGCCCAACUGUGUAAUCAAAAAUAUGUAUAGGAGUUACAACACCGCAUGUCUGUGCAGUUUGUAACUAAUCAUGUGUGAUGUGUGUUUGUAGAUGGGGUUGGGGGGGGUCCUGGCUUGUUUUCAACACUGGUACGGGGGUCUUCAUGGUAAACAGUUGGGAACAACUGAUCUAGAUGAAAUAUGGUGUUUACUAAUUUAAAAACUGUAGAAAUUUUAAAGUAGUAUAUUUUAUUCUGAAAGUAUUUACAGGAAGUGCCAAUCAUCUUGUUUAACUUGAUAUAAACGCUGUGGUAACAGCUUCUGUCCGCAAGAGGGCGGAAACAUCCUUCAUCGUGAAAGUCAGACAAUGAAGGGUUUGCUUGUUUCAACCAUCGACAUGUGGUUUCUACCCAGUUGAUCUGAAAAAUUACAUAAAUCCCUUCAGUCAAAUGCUGAUUACAAAUAAACCAAUUAAAAAUCAAUUUAGACAGAAACAUGUAUACAAAAGUAUUUCUAUUUGUUAAUGCUUAUUUUGUGCAUUUGGUUUAGUUUUAUUUCUGAAUUUCAGAGGUUAUUUUUAAAGUUAUUGAUGAAACAAGGACCAGUAAGUAGACUGGAUGCGGUCAAAACUCCAGAAGAUGGCAGUAAUGCAGCUGUGCUGCUAAACAGCUCUUUAAUACCAGGACCAUUUGUCACGGUCCGUGGUGAGCCUCCUGCAUGUAAUCUGUUUGUUCUGAGUAUUGUUGUAGGUGGGUGUGUCUGAGAGCCACCAGCUGCAGCUGAUCCCGUCAUCAAGGCCCAGGGGAUUUAAGGAGCAGUGUGACACUUCACCACGCCGGAUGAUUGCUCAGCUUUGGGUUUCACUCCACCCUCCACCAUCUCAAUACCAGCUCAGAUUCCUGCACUUCAUCUCAUGCUGUCUCCUCCCCUGGCCGCCCGCUCUCAGCCGCUCACCUGCACCCACCAAGCCUCUGCUCCUACCUCCUCUCAUAUUCGACAGCCCCUCCUCCUUCUGGAGCCUUCCUGCUCACCCGGACCUGACCUAGCCCUUCCAGAGGCUCUCACCACUAUCUACAUCAAAUCCUCUCCUGGAGCCUUGCUGCCAGCCUGCACGUCGCCUGUUCCCGUUCCUCUGAUUUAAUAAUAAAGAACGUUUUACUUA